AUGUUUGAUUCGGAAUACUUCAAGAAUCUCCUGAAUGAGACAACAGCUCUGAUAACCAACAAGGCAGAAGAAGGGAACGAUGGAGAAGAGAUGGAGGCCCGCAUAGAGAGCAAUGUCACCACACUAAAGUACCUUGCAAAGGAAAUAACAGAUGAAGAGCUGCGAAAGAAGACAUUGAAAAGAAUAGAUAUGCUGUGUUUUGAACCGGAGGAGUUUGAAAUGAGUGAGGUAAGGAAUAGAAUGCCUGAGAUUAGAAAGAGCAGCGAGUUUUCUGAUAGGAUAGAAAGGGACAUUCUCAAGUAUACCAAGAGACUACAUGGGAAGGUUAAAGAGUUCAUGGAGAGUGUCGAUGUGGACAGCAAGGUACUGGGGGAGGUGACAGACAAGAUGUCAAGAAACCUGAUGGGGACAUCCGAAACAUUGAGGUCCUUGAAGUCAAAAGGUCAGAACAUUCCCAUUCUAGGGAUUCUUACCUCUGUUAUGGUUACUUUUGUUGCGAUGUAUUUUGUUAUAAGAUUUUUGUAG